AUGGGACAGAUAGUUUUGGCACUGUAUCUGCUAUACAAUGAAUUAGGUGUUUCAACGUUUGCCGGACUGGUCGUUAUGCUAGCGAUUAUGUUAGUCAAUGGUUUUGUAGCAAAAAUCAAUGACAAUAUUAUUAGAAAACAAAUGUCGCUCAAAGAUCAAAGACAAUUGAUUAGCAAUGAUGUGUUCAAUGGUAUCAAAGUUUUAAAAUUAUACGGUUGGGAAAAGGCUUUCGUCGAUAAGAUAUUGCAAAUACGUAGCAAAGAGUUAAGGUUUUUAAGGACAGCCGGCUUCUGGACUACAAUAACAGUGCUGACAUCAAACUGUUUGCCAUUUAUGGUAGCUUUGGCCACAUUUGGCACCUAUUUGGCCAUCGGUUCCGAGCCGUUGGACGCCCAAAAAGUGUUUGUUUCGUUGACAUUGUUGGCCAAUGUCGGGGCGCCACUAAUGCAAAUGCCCGACACUAUCAACGAAAUAAUACUCCUAAUAGUUUCGACUAAACGUUUGAACAAAUUUCUGGACUUACCUGAAAUCACUAAUUAUGUAACUCAUGAUAAUGAACUACCAGUGCUUCGUAUUGAAAAUGGUUGUUUUACAUGGAAUAGCGGACCAGUAGUUAAUAAUCAUAAAAAUGUUAUUUUGAAAGACAUUAAUCUAAAAAUCAUGGACAGUCAGUUUGUGGCAGUCAUUGGUACAGUUGGAUCGGCAAAAAGUUCACUACUGGCGGCACUGUUAGGCGAAAUGGACAGACUGUCCGGUAGGGUUAACAUCAGACACGGUGUUAGUGUAGCCUAUGUUCCCCAACAGCCCUGGAUUAUGAAUAUGACACUCAAAGAUAAUAUAUUGUUUGGUAAAGACAUCAAUGAAGAUAUGUAUAAAAUGGUAAUCAAUUCGUGUGCCUUAAGCGAUGAUCUGAGACAACUGUCCGCCGGAGACGAGACAGAGAUCGGCGAAAAAGGUAUUAAUCUGAGCGGAGGUCAGAAACAAAGGGUUAGUUUAGCCCGAGCUGUCUAUAGUGAAGCCGAUCUCUAUCUACUCGAUGACCCACUUUCGGCAGUGGACAGUCAUGUGGGACAACAUAUUAUGCGUGAAGUGUUUCACUCGGAAACCGGUUUAUUGCGAAAUAAGACCCGAAUUAUGGUUACAAAUCAAUUGUUUGUAUUGCCAUUCGUUGAUCAGAUAGUUGUCCUAAAAAAUGGUAAAAUACAGUCAAUCGGUUCCUACGAUCAGCUAAUGAAUGAAAAUAAGGAAUUCAGACAAAUUUUCAGACAAUAUUCAGGCACUGAUAAUAUGGAUAAUAACUACUAA